AUGGCAGAUAGAUACGAGAACCAAGCUCCUGAGAAACUUCAGGGGAAGUAUCAAGCGAUGGUUGUUUGCUGCAUUCUUGGAAUCGGAUCUCUUGUUUCUUGGAAUAGUAUGCUCACUAUCGCAGAUUACUACUACCAAAUUUUCCCGGAUUAUCAUCCUUCAAGAGUACUAACUCUUGUAUACCAACCAUUUGCGUUUGUAACAAUCUUGAUUCUCGCAUACCACGAAUCGAAAAUCAAUACCCGAAAACGUAACCUUUUCGGUUACAUUCUAUACACAGUAUCAACAUUCUUGCUCAUAGUCUUGGAUUUGGCAACAAAAGGACAUGGUGGAAUCGGACCUUAUCUCGGUUUAUGCGCAGUCGUUGCUUCGUUUGGUCUCGCGGAUGCUACCGUUCAAGGAGGAAUGAUUGGUGAUUUAUCUUUGAUGUGUCCUGAAUUCAUCCAGUCAUUUAUGGGUGGUUUGGCUGUCUCUGGUGCUCUAACCUCUGCACUUAGGCUAAUAACUAAAGCAGCAGUUGAUAAGUCAAACGACGGUCAACGAAAAGGAGCAAUGAUAUUCUUAGCAAUCUCCACAUUCAUAGAGUUCCUCUGCGUGAUACUAUACGCUUAUGUAUUCCCAAAACUCCCCAUUGUUAAGUAUUACCGAAGAAAAGCCGCUUCCGAAGGAUCCAAAACCGUUUCUGCUGAUCUUGCUGCUGCUGGUAUCCAAAAUCAAUCAGAUUCGACUGAUGAUGAUUCCAAGAUGCUAAGGCUAAACAACAGAGAGCUAUUGCUUCAAAACAUAGACUAUGCAGUGAAUCUAUUCCUCAUCUACGUUUUGACAUUAUCCAUCUUUCCCGGGUUCUUAUAUGAGAACACGGGACAACACGGGCUAGGCGAUUGGUACGCGCUUGUCCUAGUAGCGAUGUAUAAUUGUUGGGAUUUGGUGGGAAGGUACACGCCGCUGGUGAAAUGGCUAAAGAUUGAGAAUAGAAAAGGACUUACGAUUGCGGUUUUGUCCCGUUUUCUCCUCAUUCCGGCGUUCUACUUCACCGCGAAAUAUGGUGAUCAAGGAUGGAUGAUUAUGCUUGUUUCUGUUUUGGGAUUGACUAAUGGACAUCUCACUGUUUGCAUUCUUACCACAGCUCCAAAAGGCUACAAGGGUCCGGAGCAAAAUGCGUUAGGGAAUUUGCUGGUGAUAUUUUUGUUAGGAGGAAUAUUUGCAGGAGUUGCUUUGGAUUGGUUGUGGCUUAUUGGUAAGAAGAAUGCCUUUUGA